UCGAUAAAAUCCAAGUACUUCCGAAUCUAAUUAAAAAUGGCUGCUUAACUUGGAAAUCGAAAUUUAUUCGAAAUAUUUUUAUAGGUUCUGUAUUCUGUCCUCAAUACUGACUUAAUUUUCCUUUGAAAUGGAUACAGGAUGGACACCAGGUGGUCACCGCAGUAAACAAAGAUCUGCUGCUAAAGACCCAUUAGAUGAUUUACUUGGAGAUCUUCUAGAUGAUGAUACAGGAAGCCCACCAAAAAAGCCUUCAAAUGGCAAUGCUGGCAGACAACAAUUUCCUGCAAAGAAACAAAGCUCUAAAGAUGAAGAUUUCUAUAGUAGCCUGGCUCAGGCAGCAGAAGAUGCUGAAUUAUCAGAUGUUUCUGAAGCAGAUGUUAAUAAAAUGGCUAAAAGCAUAGCAGAUCUUGAUGACUUGGAUGCUGAUCUGUUUCAAGCAGCAGGUGGUAGCACUAAAACACCUAAGCGUGGAAGUCUUAAGGAUAAAACUGGCAAGAGCGGGACCCCUCGAAGAUCUGGUACACCAAGGUCAAGAAGUGGGACACCUAGAGCUUCCUCUCCUCCACUGAGGAUGACCUCACCUGGUAACAGAGUAAUCUCCCCUUCACAUCAGAGAGUUACUUCCCCUCAAGGACGGGGCACUCCUACAAGCACUGGCAGGGACACUCCUGGAAGUCAACACUCGGGAAUCGAUUCAAAUAGACCAGGCAGUGGGUCUAAAAAACCUUCAUCUCUCAGAAGAUCAAAAUCCCCAACAACUGAACCAACUGUAGAGUACAGGCCUACCACUGCUCCUGGCAAAAUGACUGAUUUGAAUGAAAGGGCAAGUGUUGGACUCAAGCCUGGCCAGGAGCAAGAAAGACCAAGGACAGUACCUAAAGCAAAGUCAAUUGACUUUGGAGAUUUUGAUGCAGACGACCCUCUGGCUGGUAUUCCUCUAUCUGAUGAUGAGGAAGAUUUCGGGAUACCAGCAAAAAAAGCAGCACCUAAACAACAGGUGACAAGACAAAAAUCCAGUGAAAAUAUUUCACCAAGAGCUGCUGCAGCUGUUACCAUCGACACUAAACUAGAAUCCCCUCGACAGAGGACUUUGUUUGACAGACCUCCCACUAGGAGUGGAAGUACAAAGACCGAAACACCAGACAAAGAUCAGGAACCAGCCCCAGUACAGAAACAAAGUACACCUAAACCUGCUCUAACUAAGAAGAAGUCAGAAGACGCCUUAUUCAGUGAUGAUGAUGACUUCCUUGGAGGCCUUGGAAUAGAAGAGAAAGGUGCCGCCCCUAAACCCAAAGCUAAACUACCGGAUGAUGAUGAAGACAGUAGGCCAGCUAAGUCAGCAAUGGAUAAACUUCUCGGGAAAAGUUCCGUGGCAAAACAUCUGGAACCAACUAAAGAAAGAAGAGAAUUUGUCCUUGAUGCAAAAUACACACAGCCACAAGGUGGUCAGGAGGCAGAGGAUGACUUCUUGUUUGGGAGUUACAUGCCUUCAGCGGUGGGCUCUAACAGUUCAAGACCAACGUCUCGUAGAUCUGUUAGGUUUCAAGAUGAUGAUGAUAUAUUUGGCUUGAACGAUGAUCCGCCUAAAUCUAGUAUGACAAAGAAACCAGUUGAGGAUGACAGUAUGGACUGGUUAGAGAUGGCCACUGGAGGGAAAACUCCAGAUAAAACUUCAGAUAAAACUCCAGCCAAACAGGUGGAGCCUCCUGUACAGAAAAAGGUAGAGGCUAAACCAGUGACUCCGCCUAGCAAGUCAACAAAGGCAGCUGAUUGGCUAGGACUAAAGAGUGAUGAUGAAGAGGAGGAAUAUGAUUUCCUGAAAGCAUCCUCAUUCUCUGCUCCUGCCAGACAAGGGCAACCAUUGUUACAGUCUCAACCUAAGCCAGCUCAACAACCUAAACCUCAAGCUGUUUCUAGCCCAGCACCAGCCAAGCAACCAGAACCUAAACUGUCUCAGUCUGGUGGGAAAAAAGAUGAUUACCUUGGUCUUGGCGAUGAAAUAGACCCAAGUAAACUACUGAGUAGUAAGAAACCAUUGUUUGAGUCAGCAGUAAGGAGAAAUCAGAUGAAUAUGUCUCCAAGAUUCAAGAAAGAAGGUCAGAGAAAAAGCCCUAGAAGCCCUGAAAGGAAACUUUUAGAGACAAGUCCCCGUUCCAAGUCUUUAUUGGAGCAACUGAAAACACUUCCAUCAGCACAACCACCUGAACAACAACAACAGCCAGUAUCUGGUAUGCAGCAGUCAGCAAUACAAACAUCUCCAGUACCAAACUCAAGUCAACAACAGCAGCAGCCAGAAACUGAGCAAGCUGAAGAUGAAUUAAACUCAUCAACAGAUUUCUUUAGUUUUAAGAGGAAGGACACAAGCAGGGACCAGUCUGCUGAUUUACAGACUGGUUUACAACAGACAGGUUCGACUCAAACCAGUCUACCACAAAGUCUACCACAGACUAGUUCCUUGCAGAUGGGAAUGCAACCAGACUUUACAGUUCAAGCCAGUAUCCAGUCUACUCAGAAUAUGGGAUUCCCAUCUAGCUCCCAGCAGUAUCAGACUGGUAUUCCAAGUAUGCCAGAUAUGAUGACUGGUUCUCAGAUGUCUGGUACCCAGCAGUUACAACAACAACAGCAACUUCUGCAGCGUCAGCAGCAAAUAAAACAGCAACAGAUAAUGAAACAGGUACAGCGACAGCAACAAAUGUUGCAGAGACAGCAACAGCAAUUUCAACAGCAAUUACAGCAACAACUUCAGCAACCACUUGUCCCAGAAGCACAGUUAUUCAGCACAGGAAGUUCAAUGUUUAUGGAUGACAUGAGUUUUGGUCUGGCAGGCCAGGUGGAUCUUGAUGCUCAGUCCAAGAUCCGACGUUUAGAGGUUGAGCUACAGUAUGCUAAAGAUAUCUUGGCCAGUACUAAACUGAGGUACGAGGAAGAAAUUGCAGCCAUAGAAACAUCAUUCAAGAACAGAAUUGCUCUCCAAGAGGAAACUCACACUAAAAGAGAGCAAAGAUGGAGGGCAGAGAAUGAAGCAUUAUUAAAUCAACAAUUAUCAAAGAUGAAACAGAUGGAGGAUCAGAAGUCAGAUAUAUUAUCUAACAUGUACAAAAAACUGGAGGAAAGUGAGAAAGAUAAAGCUCAAGAAAUAGAAAAACUCAAAGAAAUACAAAGGUCGUUAAUAGCAGCUGUUGAACUAAUCAAUAAUAAUGCCAAAGAUUUAGGAGAUUUACAGCAUAAGGUGCAAAACUGGCAUGCUCAAGGUCUAGAUGACAGAGAGAUAACUCUUAGAGCUAAAGAUGAACAACUUAAAAUGUUACAAGAUCGUCUAAACAAGCAGCAGGAAGACAAUGAUCAGGAACGUCAGAGACUUCAGGAGCUUGUAGCGCGUCUAGAGACACAGAUUAGAGAACAAACACGCAUGCUCGAGGAGGAAAGAUGGAAGGUAAAACAAGAGCAGUCUAGAUUACAAGGGUUACAGACGGCAUUAGAGGAUGAGAGGAGAGCCUGGAGUGAUCAUCAAGCUAGAGAAAGAACUAACAUGGAAAAAAGUAGAGCAUUAUUGGAGGUAGACAAAGAUCAAACACUUUUGGGCACAGUAUAUCAUAAGGAAACCCAAAACAGGGCGGGGCCCUAGCAGAGGAACCCCAAGUCAGUUUUGCCAUGAAAAGAAAUGGCGAAGGAAGAAGGUGGCCAGUAUCAGAUCAAGUCAGCACAAGCUAAAGCUGAAUUUGAGGCCCUCACAAAGGCUAUAGCUGAGGCCCGGGACAGGUAUGAAUCUAUGAAGGAAACAAACAGAAAUGAGGAGGAUCGUCUACAAGAGGAGAGGAGAAGAAUGGAGAAAGAGAGAAAUAAGAUGGAAAAUAAGGAAGCUGAGCUGAUGGAAGCCGCUAACAUGAUACAAGAAAAAUCUCGCGAAAUAGAAGAUACAUAUACUGAAGGACAGAGAAAGUUUGAGGAAGGAAUGGUGGCUCUAGCAGAAGCACAGAGAAUUGAGAGUGAGGAAGGAAAGAGAAUUGAUACAAUCAAUCAUCAGCUUAAUCUACUUAAAAUGAAGGAGAAAGAAAUGGCAGAUGACCAGAAGUACUUGGAAGAGCAGAGUUUAUACCUACAGACAUUGAAAUAUAUGCCACAUUCCUCUCCCAAAAGCUGAAUCUCAUCAUUACUGCAGUUUAUAAUGUGUACUUUCAAUGUAAUAUAAUUUCCAGAUAUGAACAUUACAAAAACAUUUAACAUUUUUACACUGUAGAAAGAUAUUGCCAACUAGAAACAAAUUCUGAACCAUUGCAGCAAUAUGACCUACCUAUGCAACCAUUAUAAAGUCAGACCAUCUUACAAUCUAGUUACACUAUACAUGUAUAUUGUUUGCUGCUCAAAUUUUGUGUUUUGAUGUUGAAAUCCCUUUGACUUACUAAUAGACUGAUCCAUGCUUCAAGCAAGUCAAAGUGGUCAGAUUUUCAUGCUUUCAUAUUUUAUUUUUCGAUUUGAAAGCUUGUGAAUUGAAAUCAUCAGUUUUGACUUUGUGAUAAGUGUGCAUAGAUUUUAUAGGAAUGUUUUUGGACAAGUUGUAAUAUGUAUGGAAUUACUAGUAGGAUUUAGUAUCCAUAAUGUAUUCAACACCAAAUAAUUAUUUUAUAGUUUGUAUAUUUGGACUUCAUCUUCUUAAAAGUUAAUGAUUAUGAGUAUUUGAUUAUUCAGGUGUAACAAAAAUUUUGGAAUUAUCCACAGAAUAAAAAGUAUUCAGCUACUAUCUUGUAGUAAUUAACUGUAGUUUAACUGUUAUAUAACUUAACUAGAAUGUAAUUUUUGUUGAUUGGCAGAUAAAUCUUUGUGUGGAUAAUCUAUAGCACAUUAAAUUGUUGAAAAGUUUAUUUAUAGCUCAUAACAGUGUAGAAAAUCUAUUUAUAGUGAAUACUGUUUGCAGAAAAUCUGUUUAUAUUGUAUAUUGACAUAGAAAAUCUAUUUUUAGGUCUUGGAGAUAGUAUAAUUAGAUCUAGCAAAUAUGUGUCUUAAGGUCGUAUAAAAUGAGCUCAGUGCCAUUUAAUAUCUGUAGUAUUUAUCAAAGUUGCAGCUAUGUUUUUUGGUCUGACAUUUUGCAUUAUUUUGAUUUAUUUUUCGUGUUGGACAUUUUACAUUAUUUUGGCACAUUUUACAUUAUUUUAGUGCCAAACCUCCAUUUGUUUCCAUUUCUUGUGCCUUACCUAGAUCUGUAGAGCAUGUUAAAUGCCUUAUUAUCCUUCAAAAACAUGUUUUUCCCCACAGCAUUUUACAGAGUUGUAUUCUCAUUGUCCUGUGAUACAAGUCAGCAAUAAAACUUUGUACACUUACAUAUAAACAUAAAGGGAAAAAUGAAGCAAUUUCAUGAUUGGAAAUUUCAUGAGGUUAUUAAUAACAUUGACUUUUCAUAUACAUGUAUAUAUAAAAAUUAUAUAUAAAUCAAUGGGAAAGGUUACCCAUGGUACAUAUAAAAAUAUUUUUUAAUUUUUAUAAGGUUUGUGAAGAUUGCAGAAAAAUUGGUAAUGUGAUAAAAAUGAUUUGAUGGUAUUUGUUUGUUUUUGUUUUUUUUAAACUGAAUUACAAAGCAUUAAAUGCUCAUCAGAUUCUUGCAUUUUUAUUUAAAUUGUUUGAUAAAUUCAUUCAAGAUCCUCGUGUUGUAUUCUUAUUUAUUAUAUUGUAAGUUUUCUGAUGAAUAUAAAGUGUAUCAACUCAAGAUAUAUAUACAUAAGCGAUAGUUGUCUGUAACCCAUGCUCGAUAUUUGCUCGAGUUGGGAUGUCAAGAAUGUGCGCUGAUUUUAUGUUUACAUACACCUAAGAAAAAUUGUUCCUUUAGUUUUGUCCAGAUUUUCUGUAUGUAUUUUUACAUAAGGUGUAUAAUUAAAGGAGAAUUAUACAAGUUUUGGUAUUCUGUUGGAUUGCAUCACACAUUGUGUAAAGUUGUAUAUGUUCACACUAGCAUGUACACACUCAAAAAAUUGUGUAAAGUUGUAUAUGUUCACACUAGCAUGUACACACUCAAAAAAUUGUGUAAAGUUGUAUAUGUACACACAAGCAUGUACACACUC